UUCAUAACUUUUAUAAUUUUAUGUUGUUGAGUAGAAAAUUGUUCAAGUAAACACAUAAAUAUUUCAUUUUCUUUUCUAAUUUAUUUAACUAAUAUAUCGUUUCAGUGAAUUUUUAUUUUUUUAAUAAAAUUAUUUUUCCCAAUAUUAUACCAUAUGCGUGAGAGUGAAUAGAAUAACAGUACCGAAACAAUGUUAACACAGAUAGUCCCGUUAUAAUUUGUAAUUUGUAAACAUGAGUUGCCACGAAUAAUUCAUAAAUUAUAAUCUGCGAAAAACUAUCAACAACUCGUGGGAUUUCUAUAUCUGUAAAUCAUAAACUAUAAAGUUGAAAAUUGAAACGAUGAAUUUAAAAAAGAAAAAAGAUUAUUUUCCACGAAAAAAUACUUGAAAUUCAAAUAUUGAAAUAAGAAUUCUUAAAAUUUUUGAUUAUGUCCAUAUCUUAUUUAAAUUUCUUCUUCGAAAUCAUUUGUUUGAAUAGAUACUGUUAUAAAAGGAUUUUUUUCAAAUAUUUAUAUUUUUAUUAAAUUCACGAUAAAUCAUAAGGAUUAAAAAGAAAAAGGGAGAUUUUCUUUCUAAGAAUUUGUUUAGCUUACUUUUCAAGAGAUUUUCUUUCUAAGAAUUUGUUUAGCUUACUUUUUGAAGAAUGUUUAAAAUAAUUCUAAAAUGUUUUCACUUUUUAAAAUUUCAAAUUCUCUUUCAACAAAUUUUCUCCAAGAAAUAUUUUCUCGAAUGAAAAUAGGUAGAAUCAUCAUUAUAUAUACCAUCAACAGAUAAUUACGUUCUUCGUAUUUCAAGGCAAUACAAUAAGACUUCUUAAGACGCAUCUGCGUCCAAAAGCGAGAGAGAAGGGAUGAAAACGAAGACUGUGAAAACAUAGCAUACAUAACAGUUAUUCUCGCGUUGAAGGCAAUCGUCGAUUGGAAUGCGCCAUCGAGAAGAAGACUCGUUACGUUCUAUGUGUAAUUUAACAAUUAAGAGAAGAUCAAAGGUGAGGAAAAUCUUUGGAGAAAUCUUCAGAGAAAUCUGCACAAAGUUCAAUUUUAAUAUAAGUAUAUACACAUAUAUAUAUAUUAUAAAAAGUAAAAUCAUCUUCGUUCGAUUCCCAUGUAAUUUCGCGAUGGAAACAUCAAUGGCCCGUAUUACAGUUAGACGCGACAAUUUACAGUUACGCACACGUGUACGCAUAUAAGCGUAAAUGCUUUUAGAUAGAAACAGGGUCACCAAUGGAACAAAUUCAUUGGAUAUUUGCCAUUGAUCGAAAUUCAAUUAUCGAUAAAAUUCAUUUUUCGUCGAAUCUUCUCAUCUUUUUCUGAGUUUGAAAUAUUAUUAUGGACAAGAAAUUGCGAUUUUUUAAAAUAAUUCAUCGAUCAAACGUUAUAUAGUUAUUAUUACGAAUUAUUGGAAAUUUUCUUUUUUCAACGUAAUUUGUUAUAUCUACUUUUUGAUCUUUUAAUUAAAAACUUGAAAAUUUUAAUAAUAAAAACUGAUUAAAUAUUUUUAAAAAAGUUUUAAAAAAACGGUAAAAAAUGUUGAUUUUUUAUAGUCGACGAUACAAAAGUAUAUGUUAUACGACAGACUGCAUAUUACUUCUCAACCGUUGACAAUCGCACGUUCCUUUUCGUAUGAGCCAGACUGUGUAAUUGCAUCACACAUGCUCGCGACUGAUGUCUGAAUCAAAAGGAAACAAGCAGAAAACACGAAGGAAAGAUCUUGGACUGGGCUGAAUUAUAACAAACACGAAUGGACAAUGAAUUUGCAUUUGAAUUGGAAGGAAAGGAAGAAAAAAUCUACGCGACGAAUUUAAUUAAAGUUCAAGAGAAAGAGGAAUACAAUAAAGUUGAAUACAAUAAAGGGCUAUAUUAAAUUACAUCAUAAACUUUCUUAUUGACUAACAUUUUUUUCUUCAAUAAAUACUCCGUUUUUGUAGAAUUUAAUUGAACAACAGUCGUCACAGAGUUAUAAUAUUUGAAUGUUCAUUAGAUGUUUAGGAAAUAAUGGCUUAAGAAAGCAAUAAGUUAUUUAAGAACCUAGCAAAUAAAUAAUGUAGAUAUCGUAAUAGAAUAAUAGAAUGAAUAACAUUUUCAAAUUAAUAAAUUUUCGAAAGACAAGGAAAUUUUUGAAAUCUUCUAUCUAUCCUUUCCUAUCUUAUAGGAAGAUCUUUCGAAGGUAACGACAGCUGCGAAAGCGAGUCGAUGAAAAAUCAGUGGCCGCGAUAACUUCCGCCUCGAAGCGAUGUCCGUCAGCUGUCGUUUACAAUACCCACGGCAUGUAAUGGUACAAUGCAUAAAAUAACUGGAUAUUAUUGUAAAAUUGACGGUACGUUUUAAUCAAGAAAGUCGCGAACAUGCGAAACGAGCAACUUCUUCAUUUUGAGGAUUUUGAGAAACCGAAAAUUAUGAUUUUCUUAUGAAAUUUUUUCUUUUGAAGAUAUUGUUUCUUAUCAUUCUAUCUUUAAAAAUAUAUCGAAUAUCGAAUUACUUAAUGCUAUGUACAAAUGUAAAGUAAAAUCUUUUCUAUUCUUUUUUUUUUUUUUUAAAUAUUUUAAGAAAAAGAACAAUGAAUUUAUAAAAAAGAGAAUUGUUAAAUGUUUGUUCCUGAAACAGUAGAAAGCAGGAAAAAUAGGUGAGAACGCGUUUAUCUUUCAAACGAUUACUUUCGCCGUGGCAAUGUGAUAGAAAAAAGGGAAGUAGAUACGAGGAACGUAAACAAAAAAUUAAAGUAUGCAAAUGAAUUUAUGGAGAACACGUAAUUGAGCGUGCUUUAUGUUGUUCUGGUACCGUAUGAUGUAUUAAACCUGCAAUUUCAAGUCCAUCUUAUUCGACGAUGAACUUUGAUCCCGCUAAGCGAAAGCCGUCAUUAUGUAAAUAUAAGCGUGACUAAUAUGAUCUAUCUAGUACGUAACAUCAAUAUCAAGUUCAGGAAACGUGCAUAGAAAAUUUUUUUCUAAAUCGAAAUAUGAACUUCAAUCCUUAAAAGAUAUAUUCAUGUAAGUACAGUUUCUGUAUCUAACGUCUCAGUAUCAUGUUCAUCAGAUGGAAGAAAAAUAAAAAAUUUAUUUACAAAGAAAUUUUAUCAUGAAAACUUAUCUGAAUCGAAUUUUUUCUCUAGAAAUGUAAACUAAAUUCGUAGAAAAUUAAAAUGUAUGCAAAUUUUAAAAUUUGCAGAUAUUUCUUCAAGAGAUGUAUGAUGUAUGAUGCGAUUUAUCACUGCGACGAAGAUUAGAAUAUAAUUGCUUCCUAUUUUGUUUACCUUCCAUAUAGGGGAAGAAAAUGACGUGAGAUAAUUUUAUCACAUCUCUUUUCUUAACUAUCUUUUUAUUCGUCAUCUAUAUAUUUUCUAUUCUAUCUCUUAAUGCUUUUAACCUUUUAAAACUUUAUUGCUUUUAUUUAUUUUCUGAAUUUCCAAUAAAUCUGAUUAGCUAGUCGAAACCUCUAAUUUUUACUUACCUGAUAUCCAAUCUAUCGUCUACAAAUUUUAUUUUCCUUUUAUCGAAUAGAAAAUUUAAUUCAAUCUCUACCUAUCCAAUAUUCGAUUUAUCAUAUCUUUGUAUCAUAAUCAGAAUUUGAGAGAAUAUUCGAUUAUUUUUAGUUUCUAUAAAUUGAUUUUACAAACUCUAAAUCGGUGUGAUUAAACGUUAACCCCUGAUUUCAAUUUCUAAACUCUUGUAACACUCAAUCUAUCAUCUAAAGCUCGUUCAUCUAUUCUUUAUCUCCAUCUAAAGCUCAUUAUAUAUUUCCAAGUACAUCAACUCGAAUAAUUAUCAUCAUAUCACUGUCAUUUUCAAAAAAAUUCUCAUCUAAUCCGUUCUUAAACGUAUCACAUCACUCAAUCAAUCGUUAUUAAAACUCAUCCUUCUCCAUUAUAUCUGCUCAACCUAAUCUAGCAAAUGUUGAAACAGUUAUAUAAUCAAAUCACUGUCGUUUUUACAAAAAUUCUUAUCAACGAUCUACUCGAUCCCACACCUAUUCUUCCUACGUUCUCGACGAGCGCUAAGGAGCGACUAACAAGCAUCCAUGUUGCUUCACGCUUGCCGGGUGGCAAAGGAACAGGACGAGAAGGAACGACGACAGGAGUGGAACAGAGAGGAAAGCUGCAUCGUUGGAAUAACAGUACUCUCACAUUGGUGAACGCCGUCGAAGCGCAGUACCGUUAUCGGUUACCGCGUUACCACGUCGAAGAGGACCAACGAUGGAAACCAGAGAAUCCAGACUGCGGUUGCUCAGCUUCUCCCUUCAUUCUCAUCCUCUCUCCUCGUAUUUUUUUUUUUCUCUUCUUGUUCCCUUGACCCCAACCGUCCUUUCGCGAUCGGAGUAAAAAUAUUGGUCACUGGAUACAAUGUAACGCGUAACAGAACGCCGUGCAGAUCUCGUUAUACGCGAUCGAAUACUUUGGAACGAAUACGUAGUCUCGCUUCAUGAAUCAAUCGCAUGGAGUGAAAUUUGAGAGGUACAUGCUCUUUUUACGCUGAGCUUAGAUUUUUUUUAAUUUUGCUCCCAUCGUCUGGCACGGAUUUGGAUUGGUGUAAAUACGAAGUGAAAAUUUGUAAUUAACAGGCAUUGAGCGAGUUUCGAUUUUUUAAUAGAUCAUUCGUGAAAAUCAGCAAUUAUUUUUAUUAAUGUUCUAUUAUACGGAAUAAUGGGGAAGUCAGCAAUCUUUUCCUGUAAUUUCUUUUCGAUGCAAAUAAGUUAGUCUUGAGUUAGUAUUAUAAUGGUAAUGAGUAGGUAUCGUGCGUUUUUCAAUUCCUUAGUAAUUUAAGCAUUUCCUUUGGAUAAUGAUUACACGUUAAAUACAAGGUAAUUUGCAUAAUAUACGUAACUAGUUUUCGACCCACUUUCCCGCUAGCACUGUCGAAUUUCUUCUCGCUAAAACGCAGAAAUUUAGAUAAACUAUAAUUACGGUAUACAUAUUAUAGUCUUUUUGUUUCGAAUAACUAUUCCUACGCAAAAAUAUCUAAUCGUUAUCUUUCAAAUUUCUGGAAACUAAUAAUCCAAAGUAUCCUACUUUUAGGAAAGAAAAUCGUUUUAGAAAAGAAAAAAUUCUAUGGAGAAAAUUCUAUGAAACUUGAAAUUCGCAGAUUGUUCUUAACCCAUAAUUUUAAUAAAUUAUCAAAAAAAAAAAAAAAAAAAAGAAAGAAAGAAAGAAAGGAAAGAAUUACAAGAAGAAAAUGAAUAUCUUCCACACGAGGUAAUCAUUUCACUCUCUCGAGAAUUCCAAAAAUAGAAUUUUCCCUCUAAACCACAACUUUCUAUUUACUUAUCCCUCUCAAGCGUCAUAUCUCCAGAAAUUGAAUAAAGAUCGAUAGUAAACCGAUUAAUCAAAAUGAUGCGUACGUGUCAUCCAUGUGACUCGAGACGAGGUUUCCGGUAAAAAGCUGUGGGAUGGGGGAGGGGACCAGACGUUCACCCUUCCUAUGGAGCACCGCGAAGAGAGCAGAAAGUCUCUCUCCGUCGAUCUUAAUCCUCUUGUUCCUCCUCCUCCUCCUCCUCCUCCUCGUUCCAGCGUGGAGGAGCCGACUCACUGGCCAGAGAACUCGAGUCUCUCCUGCGGAACAUCCCCGGCAGUUUCACGUCGACGGUCAUCCGGAUCGACUCGCGGCCAAGGUCGUUCGUCAAUGUUCUCCUCUUCUGUGUGUUCGCCAAUCGACGUCUCCCUACGUCGAUUUUAAAGAGAGCAAGUUUAAUAAAUCCAAGUUUCGAUUUGUGAAAGAAGAAUUGUGCUUCGAUCUUUAUCGUCGAAAGGAUCGUGUAAUUUUGUUAAAUGAAGAAGAUGGAAAAAUCUGGAAUAUUGUGGAUCGACGAGUGAUUUUCACGAUGGAAUUAAUAGUGCACCGGUGUUUCUCGAGAGGAUUUUGGAUAUUUCUAUAUUUGAAGAUUUUUUGGGAAUAGAUUAAGGGCAUCGAUUGGGAAAAACGAAUGACGUCGAUAUAUAGAAGUACAACCAAGAGAAAAGCCAUAGGGAGCCUGCAAGACGUGGAUCUUAUUCUAAUAUAAUUUAAAUUGAAAAUGUCUUGCGUGGGGAUGUCCUGUUACGAAGAUGGCUUCCGGUUGGCUGGUCCCGCAUCGGAAUGCUCUCUCAGGAGCAAAGCUCGCAUCGAUGCCCUUUUCGAGGACUCGAGAUCGAUUUACGGAUCCAACAUUGGGGGGUGGUACGGUGGGGUAUCGACUAUGAACUCGAAUUACGUGGAGAACGUGGGGGCGGAAGAGCAAAGGCGGGUGAACAGCGCCGUACAAGCGCGGAUCGAAGCCAUGUUCGCCUCGGUGGAGGCCGAAAGCGGAACACCCGAAGAAUGCGUCGCUGCAAUUUUACCGGUGAAAUACAUGGGAGCAGCUCCAGUAGGUGGUCGUGUGGCCAGCGUUCGAGGUCUCCAAGAGCCUCUGCGUCAGCUUCUGGAAAGGAUCGACGAAUCCGUGAGAGCGGAGCUCGAGGUGUCGAGACGAGGGCUCACUUUUCGCAUCAACGACGCCUGCGAGAAGAACAACCCCUUUCGCAGAAUCGCCGUGUGGAGCGCGUUGAGGCUGCGCGGUAAACGCGUGCAAUCGGGAGAGCUGCAUCACGCUUUCUUGCCGUUGGUAGGCGAUCACGAGCAGAGCCAGACAGGCGAGGAGAAGCACGCAGACUUAUACAGAACAAUGCGUGGAUUGAAAACGACAGCGGAAAAUUAUCCCCCCAUAUUCGCUGUAGUAAUGCGACGACCAGGUGCAACGAGACUAUUAGAAUGUCACGCGUUCGCCUGUAAAACGGAAGACGACGCAGUGGCCGCAGCAGCGACCCUCUACAGAGCUCUUCUGGCUGAUCUCGACGCGAAUCGACGUCGACCAAGGCACGCGAAUGGCAUUGGUUGCGUGAGCCUAGCUUCGAUAGCCUCCAGUGAUAGAAAACUGCCCAGUCUAAGCAGCAGACUCGGCAUCAGAACGAACAUUUUGCAACCAGAGUCCGUUAAAGCGACUACCUCGCAUCCUAUAAGACCCCCACGAACGAAGAAGACCUCGGUGUCCAGUUCGGUAACGGAGGAUGAAACCUCGAAACCGUCGGAAUUACAAAAAGCACCGAGAAGGAAGAAAAAGAAUUCGGACGUGAAAGCGGAAGAUAUUUUGGAGGCACGGGGAAGAAGAAGAGAGACCCCGAAGGAAAAAAUGAUUCCACUGGUCCAGAAUUUCAAUUCUAUCCAGAAAAACUUCGACUCGAGGGUAUCCGAAAAGGAGGAGUGGCAAAACUCGAAGAACAAGAUAUUUGCAACUAAAUCAGACUUAAUAAUAUCGGAAAAAAUUGAAAUAGACAAUUUUAAUAAAUCCUCGAGUAAAAUUUACGACAUCGGAGCUAAUGGAUUGUACGAGGCUGUUUCCAAUAGAUACGAGAUAUGUCCUGUGAGUGGGAAAACAGGGAAAAAUGAGAAUCUUAAGAAACAGAGCCCCGAUAAGGAGUUGGAAAACGCGAAGGACAAGAUGUACGAAAAGACGCGUGAUUCCUACGAACUGAUCCCUUCGAAAGACGUCUCGAAGGGUCAGGAGGCGUAUUCUUCAAACAAAUCUCUCAAAUCAAACGCUUUGAUCCACGACAGGAUCGACAAAUCGACUUGCAAGAGCGAAGAAAACUCGCUGUACGAACGAGCGAAUAAAAAAGGUAGCAAGGAGAGACUCUACGAAGAUCAUUUCAAAGACGUUGACAAGAUAUAUAGUCUUGCUCAAGAGGAUGUUCAGAGUAGUAGAACCGGCGAGAGAGGGAAGAUAAGAAGUUCCCAGGAAGACAUUUUCUUCGGCAGAUCUCGUAAAAGUGAGUUUUACCAAUCGAAUCAGGAGAAUUUCGAUGAUUCUGUGUCCGUGGAACGAAGAAGAUCGAGGGACUACGAGAAAUGCACAUCCGGAAGACGCGUGAGCAGGGUGGUCACUAUGGACAAGCCUCUGAAGAAACAGUUGAGCGAUUCCACGUCGAAUUUGGAUUUGUCAGAGUGUAAUCAGCCGAGGAUCAGGAAGAGGAGCAGAGCUGGUAGCGAGCCACCCGUUAGCAGGUCCGAGGACGCGACGAAGAAUCUUCAAGAAGGUAAAUUGAAGAGAUCUCAAAGCGACAUCGACGUGGAUCGAGGAGAUUUGAUGACCAGGGUCGAGUUACCUAGAAGAGGAAGCUUUUUGAAUCCUGGAAGCGCUAGAAGGCCUAAUAGCAUCAAAGGUGGCACCCCUCUCGGAUUCACGGAGUUGUUCGACGAGUUUAGAAAUCAGGAAGGUCUGACCAGUGUUGACGACAUCUUGGCAGCUAUUAUCGAUCCCGAAGGGAUGUCCUUCAACGAUUUGAAACCAUUGUAUAAAGAAUUCUUGUUAAAAUUGGCGGCGACACUGACGCAGGAUGAGUUAUAUCAGAGAUCAGCGAGCAUAAUGAGAAGACGUCGAAGACCGCAACGAAGACGAUCGAAUCGACGAACCUGCUUACUUGGCAGGGCUAUCAAGAGGUCGGUGUCGAGGCUGAAAGGUGGACCGACAGAAUUCACUUCCGUCAUAUUCCCUGCAAAAAGAUUGAACGAUAGUUUCGGUAGCAGUUCUUCCUGCGAUGUCAGAAACAAUCACAGAAACCGCGUAUUGGCUAACAGGCUGGCGAAGAGAAGGUCUUCUUGGAGGACGAGUAAAAAUGGUUGCCACACUACUUCGGAGGACAGUGAUACGUGUAGAAGAUUAAACAGAAGCGCAGGCGUUGCCGCGAAUAGGAGCAGCAGUGGUUACGUGAGUUGCAGCGAGUGCAGUUACGAUUCUGAGUCUUGCACCUGCGUAUCGGCGGACAAAUGUUACUGCUCGUUGUCCAGAAGAAUUCCGGAACAGCCUCAUGUACCUCCAAACACGGUGGUGUGCUCGUGUGACACCGACAGCUGCUCCGAGAGCAAUAAAUGUUACUGCGCCCGACAACCGAUUCGUCCGACAAUACUGGAACAAUUGAGGCAAAGGGGCAUCAUGCCCUAUGAAAGUACCUUAAGUCGAGCCGGAAGCCCAGACAGAGGACGAGCGACGAAAAUGGGGAGAGGUCGAACGCCUUCUCAAGGUUUGGAUGUACUCAAGAAGCAGUCGUCAUCAAGCUAUGGCAGUUCGAACAAUCUCGCCCUGGAUUAUGAUCUUUUCAAUCCAGAUCGGAAAUCUCAACAAUCGUCGGACAGUGAAAAAGUGUUGGUCGUUAGUGCCAGAGACACACAGGGUCGUUUGGUAUACGUUGGUGGCGCAGACAGGAAUAAGAAAUGUCAUUCCCAUUCUUCCAAUCGAUCUGGAGCGCAUCACGAAGCCCUUUCCAUCAAGAAAAGCGCGGAAAUCGCGGCAGUCUUCGGGGCUGAUUCGAAUAGGAUCAGUAGACGAGCUAGUAAUGCCUCCAGCAUUAAGAGUUCUAUUAGUCUCGAGGCUGGACUAGGAUAUUUACCAUGAUGAUUAUUGAUCUUAAUUCUUCCUAUUUGAUCCAAUCGAAAUGUUUUAAAGAUAUAAAAUAUUUUUUUUUAAGUAAACUGAUAAUUAAUAAAUGGCAAUGAUGUAAUUUUAAAUAGGAAGAUGCCAAAGAGAUUAAAAAAAUAUAUAUGAAUUUAUGCAAGGAAUUUUUUAUCUGUAUGUAUAAUUAUACAUUAUAUACGUAUGUAUGCAUAUAUAAAUUAUUUUUUUAUUUUUAUUAAGAAAGAAACACCAGUUAGCAAAAAGGUGUAAAUAUUGUAUGACGUACUUGACUUAAAUGAAAAUAUUUAGAAAGAAAUAAAUAAAAGAUAUUAAAUUAUGUAUUACUUAAAUAUAAAUGUUAGUGAUACUAUUAUAUGUUCUAUUUUUAUCAUUAUAAAUAUUUGUUUUACUAGAAAAAUAUUUGAAACUAUUUGAAGCGUGUAUUGAGCUUUUACACAAUUUAAUUUGAAAAAAUUGAUGAUGAUAAAUGCUCCAAUAUAUCGAUAUAUACAUAUAUAUAUAUAUAGUUGUUAAUUAAUAAUAAUAUCAUUUAUAUUUAAUUCGAAUAUAUCAGAAAUCUGAAAUAUUUUUAAUAUAUCAAUAAUGGUAUCAUAUUCUCAUUUUUGCGAGACUUGAUCUCAGCAAGAAUUACUUUGAAUCGAGUAAAUUAAAAUUAUAUUACUUCGUAUUGAAAAGAAAUGUAAUAAAAAGCAAAAGAAAAGAGAAAAGAAAAUAUCAACUUAUUAUUUUAAUAAUAUGCAAAUAUUUUACGAAUAUAUAUUACCUGCUUUUCUUCGUUUCUUUAAUUCUUUUAAUUGUUUGAAAUAUAUAUAUAUAAGAAAAAAAAUUAAUUUUAUUAAAAUUUAGUCUAUCUUUAUUUAUAAUUUGUGAUUAUUAAAAUAUGUGAUCCAUUAUUUGUUCAAAUUUUUAUUAAUUCGUCUAAUAGUCUAAUAAUUAUAUAAGAUCUGAUAAUUUAACUAAAAAUAAAAACAAUCAAGGGAACAGUGCAAUAUCACGCGCAAUCUCGUUUUUUACGAGAUAAAUUGUUAUUUUAUAUUUAUAGUAUGUACAUUUUGUGCAAUGUAUAUGAAAUAAUUCGUAUUAUUGUACCAAUAUCAUCAUGUACUAUUAAUAAAGUCUUGAUCCAUUUUAUAAAA